AAAUUUAUAAAUAAUAUUAAAAAGUAUUAAAUUAUAAUAUUAAAUAGUAUUAAAUAAUAUAUAGUGUAAAUGUUGGAAACACGAUCAGCUAUUUAUAAAAUAAUGGAAGUAGCGCGAGAUGAUAGACAGAUUGAUAAAUGGCCACACCCGUUUUCAUUUGAAAUGACAGAAUAUAAUGAAAGAGAUUUUAAUACAAUUGUUAAACAUUCAUGUAAAACUAAAAAUUUAACUUCGAAAAUUGCAAAAGCAAUUAUAAUUGGUGAUGUUUCAGUUGGAAAAUCAUGUCUAAUAAAUCGAUUUUGUCACAAAAUAUUUGACAAUAAUUAUAAAGCAACAAUUGGUGUAGAUUUUGAAGUAGAAAAAUUUGAUAUUCUUGGCGUACCUUUUCAUUUACAAAUAUGGGAUACAGCAGGUCAAGAAAGAUUUAAAUCCAUAGCUGCAUCUUAUUACAGAAAUUCAAAUGUGAUCAUGGUAGUUUUUGAUUUGGCUAAUUUAAUAUCAUUAGGACAUUGCGAACAAUGGUUAAAUGAAGCUGCUCAAAGUAAUACAGAACCAUGUCAUAUAUUUUUAAUAGGCACAAAACAAGAUUUAUUGUCCAAUGAAAUAUAUAGAAUAAUAGAAAAACGAGCAGUUGAAGUAGCGCGGAAAAUGAAAGCUGAAUUUUGGGCCGUUUCCGCCAGAACUGGAGUCGGAAUAUCAGAACUAUUCACAAGAGUAGCUGCAUUAUCUUUCCAUUCCAUAAUUCUAAACGAAUUGCAAAAUAUGAAGCCAGAAUCAAUUAACAUUGGUUCAAAUUUAAUAAUUUUAAAUGACAAAAAAGUGGGGAUUCAAACGAGAAGAAGUAUAUGUUUUAAAUGUUCAACAUAAAUAAUUAGAUACACAAAUAAUUAGUUACACAAUAUAUAUAUAUAUA